AUGUUGAGCCGUCGAAUUCAAGCUAUACGCCCAUUUUUUAAGCAAUCUUUGCUCUUCAAUGCCAGAAGAAUGGCUACUGAGGCAAAUGUUUCGACCACUGCGUCGAAACCUGAAGCACCGGAGGAAAAACUGAAGACAUUCGAGAUCUACCGCUGGAAUCCUGAGCGUCCGGAUUUAAAGCCUAAACUUCAAAAAUACCAAGUAAACUUAAAGAAUUGUGGACCUAUGGUUUUGGAUGCAUUAAACCAGAUCAAGAAUGAACAGGACCCUACUUUGACUUUCCGCCGGUCUUGCCGUGAAGGUAUUUGCGGAUCUUGUGCUAUGAACAUCAACGGUAGCAAUACUUUAGCUUGUUUGUGCCACAUUAAGACUGAUGAGAAGCCAACGAAGAUUUAUCCUUUACCCCAUUGUUUCGUAAUUAAGGAUUUGGUUCCCGACCUUACCUACUUUUACAAGCAAUACAAGGCUAUUGAGCCUUGGUUGCAAAACAACAACAUUCCAAAAGGAAAGGAAUUGUAUCAAUCUCGUGAGGAUCGUGAAAAACUUGAUGGUUUAUAUGAAUGUAUUUUGUGUGCUUGCUGCUCUACGUCAUGUCCUUCCUACUGGUGGAAUGCCGAAGAGUACUUGGGUCCCGCUGUCUUGAUGCAAGCUUACAGAUGGAUCAUUGAUUCUCGUGACCAAAGUACUCCUCGUCGUUUAGCUGCCAUGCAAAAUUCCAUGUCUGUGUAUAGAUGCCAUACCAUUAUGAAUUGUGCCCGUACUUGCCCCAAGGGUUUGAAUCCUGGUUUAGCCAUUGCCAAAUUGAAGGCUCUUAUGGCCACCUCUUAA